AUGUCGCUGUCGCAUGCCCCAGAUAGGGCCCGGAAGUAUAAGGAAGAGCCGGCGCCUGUAGCGUCGCAGAAGAUGAGCCCAGCUCAAGGACACUACCCCUCACCUCACCCCUCCCAAUCCCAAGGACCACCACCUCACCAAUCGCCGUACGUGCAGCAGAUCCAAGGACCUCCACCGCCGCAGCAGCAGCAAGAGGUUCCUUACUACCAGGCGCAUCCUAGUCCUUAUAGCACCAACAGCGCGCCGAGCAACUAUUCAUCAUCAGAAACACCUGAGCUCAUGGCAGCCGCAACCAUGAACCGGACGGGCUUCCCUCCGAUCUCAUACCACACCCCUCAGUCUAACUCUCCUGCAUCUGUUCAAUCACCACAGCACGACCAGCAUGGAAGGCCAAUUUACGGUCAGCCACCCAGCCAGAUGCCUCAGUCAAUGUACUACACACCGUAUGCUUCUGCGCCGGUGCCUCAGCAAUCGCCUUACAACCAACACCCAUCUUCUACUCCACAACAGCCCAUGGCAUCAAACCCUCUCUUGAUGUCACAUCAGCAAGGCCAACACAUGCAACACACUCACCAGCCUCACCCUCGCACUCCAGGCAUGACUGGAAGUCCGAAGUCGCAGAUGUCACAGACACCUCUCCAGCGCCCACCAUCAGGCCUUGGCCCGCCACAGCAGCAGCCUCAGGCUCCUCCAGUCGGCACACCGAACAUGCACCAAGGUCCUCCUGGCGGUCCUGGUGUCAACCCUAAUGCUGCGCCUGGACCCAUUCCUGCAACAACCCCACUUGUUGUACGACAGGACCAGAACGGUGUUCAGUGGAUCGCCUUUGAGUAUUCGCGCGACCGUGUUAAGAUGGAGUACACCAUUCGAUGCGAUGUAGAGUCGAUUAACGUCGACGAGCUUCCCCCGGAUUUCAAGACCGAGAACUGUGUCUACCCCCGCGCAUGCUGCGCAAAGGACUCUUACAAGGGCAACCGUCUGCACUAUGAGACUGAGUGCAACACUGUCGGUUGGGCAUUGGCACAAUUAAACCCUUGUUUGAGGGGCAAGCGCGGUCUCAUCCAACGCGCAGUCGACAGCUGGCGAAACAGCAACCAGGACCCCCGACUGAGGAGUCGUCGCGUCAGGCGUAUGGCGAAGAUGACGACACGAAAGGCUCAGGCCAACACACACGGUGCCCACAUGGCUGGUCCAGGUGGCCCAGGAGCACCUGGUGUUCCCAACUCAGCAACUUUAGCAGCACCACCUCGCCAGUCCAACAUGGGCAUGGGUGGUCCACAGAUGCACCACCACCACGAUCACCCAGGAGGACCACAAGGAGGAUCGGACGAUGUUAGCGGCAAUGAUUACUCAGAGGCACACACUCAUCACCAUCAGGCCCCGAACGGGACGCAGUCUCCGAGCGACGUACGACAGACACAGAACUUUUACCCUACAUUCCCUUCGGGCGAAUCAGUCGCAGGCUCCAGCGGCUUACCGCCUACUCACGAAGACAUGAAGUACCCACCGCCUCCACCGCCGCACGCAGCUGGUGUAUCAGUAUCGAAGCAGCAGGAGCAGGAUGAAGAGGAAAGAAAGCUAGCUAUAUUUGGCGACCUACCUGAGUCGAAGCGCCGCAAGUUCAUCUUGGUUGACGAUGCGCAACGAGGUACCAGAGUCCGCGUGCGAGUCACUCUCGACACCGUUAAGAUGGAAGAGAUGCCAGACUCGUACCGCAAGUCAAACUCCGUAUUUCCCCGCAGCUACUUCGCCAUGCAGAUGACCUCGCCACCGGCCAGCCCGCGUGGCAGCAAGGUCUUCGCAGACGAGCCUGAUGUUGAGAGCGACCCCAGCUUCCCAUUAUCUGGUUCUACAACGGUCCUCGUUCCAACUCUCGACGGCGAGACUCGUGUACCGAAGCCGCGUCUUACAAGGACGAAGCGCUCGAAAGAGAUUACGCUGAACGAUCUUGGCUACCGCAUGAGCUGGAGCCAGAGCCGUGUCUUCGCUGGCAGGACAUUGUUUCUGCAGAAGUCUCUCGAUGCCUACCGCAAUAAGAUGCGAAGCAGCAUGAUGGGCCAAGGUCAAGACGUGACCCAAGUAGCGCCACACUUCGAGACCCGGGUGGGAAAGCGCAGGUGGAACGACAGAAUCGAGCGAAACAAGAAAUCGAGGCGCAAUGGCUCUCCUUAA